AUGAUGCCCCGCCAACGAAUAACCCCCCUCGCAUUGUUGAACCUGAUUGCGAUCCAAGAUUCCCUGCAGGUCCAGACAACCCAAGAGCUUCUUUGCGGCAUGAAGGUAUGCCACCGUGCUGCAAUUGAGGGCCCAUUAGAGCACCAUGAUAGCGCCAAAACAAACCUUCAACCGCGCACUUCAGCCUUCAUCCAACAUUUUAUGCGUCCACGAGUACAAGCCCGUUUGGUGAACGUUGCCACGACCCCGAAAGAUACCCCAUCGAAAGAAGCACCACCGCGCACCCCCGACCACACGAAAGAAAACUUGCCUCUUGAUAUCGUUGUCAUGGUGGUAGACGACGAUAUCAACCCCUACUUAAUAAUCGCCAAACAACUACGUGAAAAGUCCCAUCGAGUCCGGAUUGGAACAUACUCUGCGCUGCGCAGUCGGAUUGAAGAAGAGGGUAUAGACUUCUACGGCAUUGACUGUGACUCAAGGUGGGACACUAUAAGUGUUGAAUUAUUAGCCCAGUCGCAUUCACAAUCACCCGAUCGCGAGGAACUAUCAGAGGUGCUGUUCGACACUUACCGAGGAUGCUGGGAGUCGUGCAUUGCACCGUACGGCGAAGCACAGGCCCCGUUUCUCGCGGACGCUAUUAUUGCCAGUCCAUUGCCCCAUGCUCAUAUCCAUUGCGCCACACGGCUUUCGGUUCCGCUUCACAUCAUGUCUACCACUCCAUGGACACCCACUAGGGCGUUUGCACAUCCACAUACCAGAGCUUCGAGAGAGGGGGGCGACAUGGAAGACGCGGAUAUAUCACAUUUACUGUCUUAUGCGAUGGUUGAGGAGUCGAUUUGGAAUACGAUCAUUGACCCCAUUAAUCGGUUCCGGCGCGACAUACUUGGGCUGAAGACGCUAUCGAAAGAGGUCGCAGGACGGUUGUUAAGUGACUUCGAGGUUCCGCACACGUACUUGUUUUCUCGGUCGAUUGUCCACGAACCUAGGGACUGGGAUCAUUCUCAUAAUGUCGCUGGCUACAUCACCGAGCCAGUUGGGUCAACAACCUAUGAAAAUGCAGACCUUCAACGUUUUCUCGCCAAUUCCGAAAAGGCGAUUUUCUUCAAUGUUGAUCUUGAGAAUGUCAUAAACCUUAACUCUAUCAAACUGUUCAUUCAAGAGGGAGUAAAACAUGGACUUACUUUUGUCCUUCCGGAAAGCUACACUCAUCUGGUACCUUAUGACAAUAACGGCUCGGCUUUCAUCGCUUCCUCCAUACCCGACCACGUUAUCCUCCCCAAAGUGACUGCAGUAAUACAUGACGGAAGCACCAAGUCAAUUACGGCAGCUCUUCAGCACGGAAAGCCGAGUGUUGUUCUACACAGCGCUCCAGAAGGAGAGUUCUGGGGAUCAGCCCUUUCCAGAAACGGCGCGGGUGCUGCCCUGCCCGUAUCUGACAAAGUCUCUCCAACAAGCUUCAUUGAGAGUGUAUUAUUCUGCUUACGACCUGACAUUCAAGAGGGUGCACGGUGUCUGCAACGAGCGGUAACAACUGAGAAUGGCGUUAAAAAAGCUGUCGAGCUGUUCGAUCGGAGCGUAUCCCCACAUACCAAAAAUUGCAACAUUGCGAAAGACCUCUUGGCGGGAUGCCGAGUUCGCUCUCAGCCAUCAAUACGUCUAUCUGCUGCAGUGACGUCCGUCUUACUGGAAGAGCAACUGAUUGACCCAGAAGACCUUAGUCUAAUACGACCCCAACUCUACGGCAUGGAUUCUGAAGAAACUUGUGACUCACAUAAGUCUGCGAAAGCCUACUUUGGGUAUUUCGGCAAGGCCGCCAAGGAGAUUGUGUCGGCCUCAGAUAUAGUUGGCGCACUUGACGGGCUGUGGAGAAAGCCUGCGCCCCAGAAUGACAAAGAGACCAAAGGGGACCCUCACAUGUCGGAGGUAAUAGCUAGAGAGGUCGGGGUAGGCACUGCCAAACUCUUGGGAAAUAUCGCGUUCUUGCCAUUCACGACCACUGCCCUUGCCGUCAACACUGUCCUGUAUAGCGCGAAAAGCGCCAAGACGUAUAUCUCCGAUCGUCACGUCAAAGAGCGCCGACUGGCCAGUUAUCGGGCUCCUCGCAACCGUGACCCACACGAAUCACAUUCACUCAGCUCUUCCCGCCGAGCAUCCAACACCGAACAAUCCAGUGGUGUGAUAGACUCAGUUACAGGAGAGGAGAAGGAGAUAUACAAAGCUCUCACGCGCCUGUCCUUAGGCAACUCUACUGAUGCCAACGGCUCCUUCAAGGCGAUUCCGUCAUCAUUGGCCCUCUACUCCGGGGUAUAUGGGGAGAAAAACGAAAGACACGUAGAAAUCAUCAACUUACUGCGUAUGGAACGUGGAGCCCGGGACCCAAGAACUCAGGAUCGAAACUUCAGGGAAAUGGUAGUAAAAAAGUUUCGCGAGCUUCUGAUUAGUGCGUCUACACGAUGA